AUGGACCUGUCGUUCGCCAUCCCCCAGGCCGUCCUGCGCCACGUUGCUUUCCGCCACGCGCUGGGUGACGAUGAUGCCCUCCUGCGCCUCCCCGUUUACGCCGCCGCGGUCUCUGCGUCUGUGCUGCUGGUGCAGACCGCGGUGGCAUUCCGCUAUCGGGGAGGGUCGACGGGGGCCACGCCGGCGAUUGGCUGGGGUGCUAUCCUUGCGUGGCGCGUCACGCGGUUUGUCGCUGCGGCGGCAGCGUUAGGGCUCUCAGUCGCGGUGGGCAUUGACGAGGGAGAUACGUGGCAGGAGGUGCUGCUUGGAACGGGGCCAUAUCUCUACGCGACUUUUCUGUCGUUCUUCACGCUAGACCCCCGGAAGUACCGCCAGCGGCUCGUGCGCCACGCCAACUUCAUCCUCUUUGCCGCGUCCGCGCUCUACAUCUGCCGCGACGUCAUGCCGCUCGCCACAUUCACGCAGGAGCCGCUCGACCGUGGCGCGAAGAUGAUGGCCAAAAUUGCAUUGGUGUUCUUCAGCGGCCUUGUCGUGCCGCUAUUCACACCACGGCUCUACACACCCGUCGAUCCCUCUAACCCGCAAAAAGAGCUCAACCCUGAGCAGACCGCCUCGGUCUUCAGCUUUGCGCUCUACUUCUUUCUCGACACCAUCAUCUUCGCCGCCUAUCGCCAGAAGGAGGUCCCCGAGGACCAGCUCUACGCGCUGUGCGACACCGACGGGGCCGAACACCUCAAGCAGCGCAGCUUCAAGUUCCUCGAUGUCUUCUCCGGCGCCAAACAACGACACCCAUUCUUUGGCCUCAUGCGUGUCUAUUGGAGGGAAUUCGCAACCCUGUUUGCGCUCGUCGUCGUCCGCUGCCUCGCCAACUACACGGGGCCGUUCGCGAUGAACCGGCUCUUGCUGUACAUCGAGACGCGCGACCAGCCCGAGAGCCACGUCGUGCGCCCGUGGGUGUGGAUCGCGCUCGUCGCGGGCGGGCCGCUCAUCGGCGCGCUCGCGUUCCAGGCGUACAUCUUCGUCAACACGCGCACGCUGGUGUGGACCGAGUCGGUUGUCACGCAGCUCGUCUUCGCCCACAGUCUGCGCAUCCGCGUCAAAGCGGACAGCAGAGAUGAUGAGCCGGCAACGACGGAACAACAGCCUGUUGCGGGCGAGGCGGCGAGUGAGUCCGGGAGCACGAGCUCGGAGGGCGAUGCGGAAUCGACAACGAUCCAGCCCAGUUCGGCGAGUGUCCGCUCGUCGAGCAGCAGCAGUGCGGCACAGAAAGAUGGCGAUCAAAAGACAGCCGACAAGAAGGCGGAGGAGAAGGGCCAGUCGAUGGUGGGGAAAAUCAACAACCUGGUGACAACCGACCUCGGCAACAUCACCGACAGCCGCGACUUCAUCGAUCUGUUCCUGUACAUCCCGCUGCAGCUGGUCAUCGGGAUAUACUUCCUGUAUGUGCUCCUCGGGUGGUCCGUGUGGGUCGGCGUCGCGUCGAUCGUGCUUCUGGCGCCGUUCCCGGGGUACAACUAUACCACAUAUUUCUCCACCCAUGUUGUGUAA